UCUCACACUUGGACAUUAUAUCAACCAUGGAACGAGUAAAAAGUAUGCUUAGUAAGAACGGCUACACAGCUGAGAAAGAAACAGAACUUGGUCUGAUAGCCACAAAAAACAGUGAAAGAUUCCUCGUUGCAAAUUUUAUGAUUUCUAAAAAUGAGGAGGUAAUCCAAGAGGCAGAAAUCCUCAAGGAGAUGUGUCAUCCUCAUAUCAUGGACAUACAGGAAUCUUUGAAAGAUGAAGAUCUGAACUUGUACAGUGUGGUACUGCAGUACUGUGAGGGAGGAAGUCUUACUGACAAGAUCAAAGAAAAGAAACUGGAAGAGUGGGAGGCACUGAGCUGGAUUGUCGAAGUCUGCAUGGCACUGAGAGCCAUUCAUGAAAAACUCCUGAUUCAUGGAGAUUUGACGCCUCAGAACAUUUUCAUUACUGAGUUUGGAAAGCUGUACUUGGGAGGAUUUUGGAAAAACAAGGGCAGCUUAAAAAACACUGCUGCAGGAACUGCAAGGAAUGAAGCAGUUAAUUACCAGGCACCGGAGGUCUUCUUAAACACAAUAUACAACACAAAAAGUGAAAUUUGGUCAUUGGGAUGCAUACUCUACGAGCUGUGCACUCAACAACAAGCGUUUUCUGCAGAGAACACAGUCAGUCUCAUCUCCAAAAUUACAAGUGGUUCUGCCCCAAGUCUGGAUGACACAUACUCCGCAGAAUUUUGUGACCUGCUCAGUGACAUGUUGAAUGAAGACCCUGACUGUAGACCAACAGCCAAUGAGAUUUUGGGAUGGCCCAUUACAUUGACAUGUCUCCUGAGAAAGAGCAAAACAACUGUGGACUACCUCCAGGACCAGCUGGACAAACUGAAAGAGGUGGCAAACGGUUUGGAAAGAGUCCACACGUGCACCACCAUCGGCAGUUUAACAGGAGGAGUGAUAGGAGCGGCAGGCGGGAUAACAUCCAUAGUGGGUCUUGCCCUGGCCCCAUUUACUUUGGGAGCUUCUCUGGUUGUUACUGGGAUUGGGGUUGGAGUGGGUGUGGCAGGUGGGGUCACGGCUGGUGUCUCCAACAUCACAAAGAUGGUCGCACAGUCCGCUGAUCGCAAAACUGUUUGGGGCAUCCUCAAAGAGUUCAGUGAAAAGAUAAAUGCUGUUGCCUUCUGGCUUCAGGAGAUCAACCACAAUUUGGAGAAUAUGACGAAAAGCUUGCCGGCACAAAAGCUCAGUGAUGACAACAGCAGCUCUAAUAACAUCAAAACAAAUGCAUCAGCUGCAAGGAUAGGAAAGGUCUUGGGUGGUGCUGCAGCAGUGGCCCGAUAUGCUAGUGUGGCAAAAAUUGGCAAAAUGGCUGCACAAGUUUCGAGGGCAGUAAGUGUGGCAAAAGUAGCAACUGGUGUGCUCUCUGGCUUGUUUGUGGCAGUGGACAUCUUUUUUAUUGCCAUGGAUGCUAAAGAGAUAAGCAACAUCAGACAGGCACAGGCAGAUGGUGAAACUUCAUCUGAGAUCAUGAAGUUCAUCCUCUCCAUCAGAAACUCUGCAAAAGAGUUGCAGGAAGUUUUGGAUGAGUUAAAAGUCACGAUCAAACUGAUCAACACUGAAGAGGCAGAGAAAGAGUUGGAGUGGGAAUAUGCAACAUCCGAGUAA